UUGUGUCAUGAUUACUCAUUACACAUCUCUCCAUGUACAGGUGAAAGCUGGAUGCUCAGCAUGAGCUCUUCAAUGUCUUUAUGCCGUCACUUUGCUUUUUAUUAUGCUGGUUAUUAAGCUUGUUUACCUGCUGACGAUCUGCUAAAGAAUAAUACAAAAUGGAGAUUGAAGUUGACAUCUUAAAAAAUGAAAAUGAAUUAUGGGAAAACAUUGAAUCCAAUCGGAAUAUGCUUAGCCGGUACAUUAAUCCUGCAAAGUUGACACCUUACUUGCGACAGUGUAAGGUCAUCGAUGAGCAGGAUGAGGAAGAAGUUCUCAACUCGUUGCUGUUUUUAUCUAGAACCACCCGAUCAGGGCGACUCUUGGACAUUCUACAAACAAAAGGACAACGGGGUUAUAUUGUCUUUUUGGAAAGUCUUGAGUUUUACUACCCAGAACUCUACAAGUUGGUAACGGGAAAAGAGCCAACCAGAAGGUUCUCUACCAUAGUCGUAGAAGAGGGGCAUGAAGCUCUCACACAGUUCCUGAUGAAUGAAGUCAUCAAACUGCAGCAGCAGCUAAAGACAAAAGAAGUGCAGAAAUGUGAGCUUGUGGCUAACUCAAGACAACUGGAAGAUGAGAGGAAGCAAUUAAAGCUUGUUAACUUAGAGCUUGUAACAUUUCAGGAUCGUUACAACAAAAUGAAGGAAGAGAGAAACAACUGUAAUGAUGAGUUAAUCAAAGUAAAGGAUGAUAACUAUAACUUAGCCAUGAGAUUUGCUCAACUCAGUGAGGAGAAAAACAUGGCUGUUAUGAGGAGUCGAGAUUUGCAACUUGAGACUGAUCGCCUACAGCAUCAUUUGAACAAAGUAGAAGAGGAAUGUAAACUGGAAAGAAACCAAUCCCUUAAACUAAAAAAUGACAUUGAGAAUCGUCCAAAGAGGGAGCAGAUGAUGGAACUUGAGCGUGAAAAUGAAAUGCUGAAGACGAAAAUACAAGAGUUUCAAUCUAUACUUCAGGGUGGAGGUCGCAGCUUACCUGAUUCAGACAAAGCCAUAGUUGAUAUACUUGAACAUGAUCGUAAGGAAGCCCUGGAAGACCGCCAUGAGUUGGUAAAUAGAAUAUUUAAUCUUCAAGAAGAGAUACGCCAAGCUGAAGAUUUGAGGGACAAGUACUUGGAGGAGAAAGAAGACCUGGAGUUAAAGUGUUGUACUCUGGCAAAGGACUGUGAGAUGUACAAACACCGCAUGAAUACAGUUAUGGUACAGUUAGAGGAAGUAGAAAAGGAACGAGAUCAGGCAUAUCGUGCCCGUGAUGAAGCUCAGACACACUGCUCUCAAUGUCUGAUAGACAAAGACAAGUACAGAAAGCAGAUUCGAGAGCUGGAGGAAAAAAAUGAUGAACUCAGAAUUGAGAUGGUGAGAAAAGAGGCAAGGGUUGUGAAUCUGGAGUGCAAACUGAGAAGAAUGUCAAAGGAUGGUGUAUUUUUGGACCAGACUUUACCAAGAAAUCUACACAUUAUAAUGUCACCUGGCUCAAAGACUAGUGGUCCAGAUGCUGAGGACUCGUCAGAUUCCGUGGGAUCUCCAGAUGACAAAUACUUUUUCGAAAAUGGCGACUCAAAUAAAAAGAGGAGGAUGAACCUAAAGGGCAUUCCACAAAUCUUAAGAACAAAGUCUCCAAUUUUCAAUAAGCAAACUGAAUUUCAAGCUGCUGAAGAUCAUGAUAAUAAAGCAGAGUACAACAGUGGUCAAACGGAAGCAGUGUUUCAUAGGUCUGGUUCUUUCAACAACAUUGCCAUCAACAGCUCUGAUGUUUCCAAGGCAUACCCAUUGAAAAAUCGCAGUCAUAGUAUUAUGUCCACAACCCCAGAACCCCCCGGGAAUGACUCCAUCAUGCGAAGGAGCAAGGAAGAUGUGCCUGUGUACAGUCCUGCUGAUGAAGACUAUGACAGCAUAGAACUUGAUGAUGAGUUUCAUGAUAAAUAUUAUUUUGGACCCCCAUCUAUCCAUUCCUCUUCUUCUUCACACCAGUCAGAAAGUCUGGAUAGCUAUGACCUCGAACAAGUUAAUUCAAUUUUUAGAAAGUUGUCUCUGGAAAGACCCUUCCGUCCAUCUGUAACAUGUACUGGAGGAAUCAGGAGCACCAAUCAUCUUGUACAACAUGCUACAGUAGAUGGCGAUAACCUCAUGAUGGAAAUCUCACUAAGUGGUGGCAAUGAAAGGGGCAUUUUUAUCAGCUAUGUUAAGCCGGGUUCAGGAGCAGAGAAAGCUUGCCUGAAAGAAGGACACCAGCUUCUAUUGUUAGAUGGCUGUAUCAAAGGAAAAAAACAAUGCAUUCCCUUGGACACAUGUACUAAGGAGGAGGCUCACUGGACAAUACAAAGAUGUAAAGGACAAGUUACUGUGCAUUAUAAAUCAAAUGAAGAAGCUUACACUAAACUAAAGAAAGAUCUUGAAGAAGGAAAAAUUCGGUCAGGAGAUUCUUUUUUUAUCCGCUUGAACCUGAACAUUUCAAACCAGGUGGACAGCUGCACACUGUCUGUACAGUGUGACGAAAUUGUACAUGUUCUUGAUACCAUGCAUCAGGGAAGGUAUGAGUGGCUGUGUGCCAGAGUUGACCCUUUUACUGACAGAAACAUGGAAAUUGGAACCAUACCCAGCUACAGCAGGGCCCAGCAAUUAUUUUUGGUGAAGCUUCAGAGAUUAAUACAUAAAAGCAAGGAUGAAACUGAAAGUUCCAGUAACACAUUACGAGCUAUGAGGCCAGAAGAUUAUACACAGGCUGAUUCUAAGACCAGUCCUCGACUUUCAAGAGCAAGCUUUCUUUUCGGACAAAUCUUUCAGUUUGUCAAUCGGUCUGAGAAUAAAUACAAAAGAAUGAACAGCAAUGAACGUCUGCGUGUGGUCUCCUAUAACUCACCUUCUAUUGAGACUAUUAAACAUUUAUUAGAGAAGCAAGAUGAUGUGGACUCUGAUGAUGACAUCAGAAAAAGACUUAACCUGGUGCCAUACAGCUUGGUACACCCCAUCCACAGUGAGAAAAGGAAACCCGUUCUCUUUGCACCUAGCAUACUGGCUAAAACUGUCAUUCAAAAAUUGCUAAACUCUUCUGGUGCUUUGGAAUUUAAUAUUUGUAAGCCAGACAUUGCAACAAAGGAAACAUUUAAAAAGAAACAGAAAUCAGAGACAAUUAUCUAUUCAAGAGAAAGAAAUCCAAACUCAUACGAGUGCAUUACCCCUGCUAAUAUUGAGUCUGUUGUUUCCAAGAAUAAACACUGUUUGCUGGAAGUUGGACUGGAAUGUACAAAGGACUUAAUAAAAGCCAAAAUCUAUCCAAUUAUUCUUUUCAUCAAGAUAUCUGAGAAAAAUAUGAAGAGAUUUAGGAUAGAAAACAGAGUGUUGUAAUAAAUGGAGUCCAUUCACAGGAUGGUCAAAAGAGUGGCAAUUACAGUUUAAUGCCAAAAAAAUGCAAAUCAUGCACUUGGGUCUCAAAAAUCCAAAGGAUAAAUAUAGUAUUAAUGAUACUAUACUGGAAACCACUGAGGAGGAAAGGGAUCUAGGAGUCACUAUUUCAGGUGACUUAAAGGCAGGUAAGCAAUGUAACAAAGCAAUGAGGGAAGCUAGUCAGAUGCUUGGCUGCAUUGGGAGAGGAAUCAGCAGCAGUAAGAAAGACGUAAUAAUGCCACUGUAUAGGUCAUUCAUACGGCCUUAUCUAGAAUACUGUGUUCAAUUCUGGAGGCCAUAUCUUCAGAAGGAUAUUAAUACAUUAAUGACUGUACAAAGAAGGGCAACUAAAAUGGUGCAUGGCCUACAUCACAAAACAUACCCAGAAAGACUAAAAAAGCUCAAUAUGUAUAGUUUGUAGCAGAGAAGGAAAAGGGGGACAUGAUAGAAACUUUCAAAUGGGUCUGGGAUUGAGGG